CACUAUAAGAGCUAGUCCAGUGGUCAGAGGAAUCAGAUCAGUCAGUGACAGAUAACUGUGAGUGGAGUUUUAUUCUGACUAACCUGAAGAUCAUUUCAACAUGAUUUGGUUUGUUUUGUUGUUCUGUGGAUUGGCUUUGGCUCAGGAUCAGACUACUGGUUUAAGCACUGAUUCAGGGCAGUGUUUGACUGACAUUUGUGAGCUUGGGAAAAUGCUCAAUGCCAUGUCUGAAACACUUAACGCUUUAAAAACCAGAAUGAGUGACAGUGAAACCAAGCUGAGGGAGAGUGAAAAUCAGAUUCGUGGACUGAUGAACAAAGAAACAACCAGAGUGGCCUUCAGUGCAGCACUGGGAGGAAACGGAGGAAACUUCGGACCUUUUAACACUGAAAUAACUUUAAUCUACAAAACAGUGAAAACAAACAUCGGGAACGCCUACAAUUCAGCCACAGGUAUCUUCACCGCUCCUGUGGCAGGUGUUUAUUACUUCACCUUCUUCUGUAACGCUAAUAGGGGCCAAAAACUUCUCCUGGAGCUCCACAAGAACUCAGAGAAAAUAAUCUCGGUUAUUGAGCUCAAUUCAGACACUGACAGUGAUGAUAAUGGAGGAAAUGCUGUGUUUCUUCAGCUGCAGCAGGGAGACCAGGUGUAUGUGAGAAUGAUGGAAAAUACACACGUUUAUGGAGGCGACUACCAUACAACUUUUAGUGGUUUUUUGGUCUCUCAAAUGUGAGAUUGGACACUGAUCCAAUCUAUCAUCAUUCUGUUUGAUGAGAGUACUUAGUUGAUUAUAAUAUAGAAAGUUUUACAUGAAGAUUAGCAGUAAUAUCACCUCUUUAUUCUCUGUGAUGCUGAAGUCUGAUGUGAAGUCAACAGGAUAUUUUGAAAGAAAUAAAAAUGUAAAAACUGCUCAAACAACAACAGCUCCUCUGUACCUUAAUCUUACCUGACCCUCCCCACAGGAUUAACCAUGUCCAUGUUUUCUUUGCAUUUCAAUGUUUUUGUCUUCAGUAAAACCUGAUUAAUAUUGUUCAUACACUGAUUUAGCAUUGAUAUUCCAAGAUGACAACAUGAGACUAACUCUGGGAUUGUCAAUCUUUCCAUCAUGUUCACCUUUCAAUAAAGUUUACUUCAAAUUCUC